UAACCGAGUGGUAGGUCUGAAUUGGUCUGAAACACAAUUUGCUGCAUGUGCCUUUAAUGUGGCUGGAGCUGGAGAGAAGUCGACACACCCAUUUUCCCCUUGGAAUCCACAUUUUCCUCCAGUUAAAUAUCGUAGGUCUAUUCUUCAGUUAUAUGAACAUUACACGUGGAACCCUCAGCUCUGCAUGCCGCUUGAUUAACAUCAACUGUAUCAGAAACAUCUCCUACUCACAGUGUGUUAUGACAUCAUCAAGGCAUACAAACUCCAAAAGGAUUGAGGGACUGGACAAGAAUGUUUGGGUGGCCUUCACCUCGGUGGCAGCAGACCCCACCAUAGUGAACCUGGGUCAGGGCUACCCUGACAUUCCUCCCCCAGCCUACGUCAAGGAGGCCCUGGCUAACGCUGCUGCAGUGGACAAGCUCAACCAGUACACAAGAGGCUUUGGCCACCCGUCUCUGGUGAAGGCUCUUUCUCAGGUGUAUGGGAAAGUGUAUGGACACCAGAUUGAUCCUUUCAAGGAGAUACUGGUCACAGUAGGUGGCUAUGGAUCCUUGUUCAGUACCAUGCAGGCACUGGUGGAAGUGGGAGAUGAGGUUAUAAUUAUCGAACCCUUCUUUGAUUGCUAUGUACCCAUGGUUCGAAUGGCAGGGGCAACACCUGUCUUGAUACCAUUACGACUUAGAUCCAAUAAGGAGACCAGUAGUGUUUCCAGUGCUGACUGGGUCCUGGAUCCAGAGGAACUAGCCAGUAAAUUCACCUCAAAGACCAAGGCCAUCAUUAUUAACACUCCUAACAACCCCAUUGGGAAGAUAUUCACCAAGGGUGAGCUUCAGACUAUCUCCGACCUCUGCAUCAAACACGAUACUCUGUGCAUCAGUGAUGAGGUGUAUGAAUGGCUCAUCUACAAGGGACACCAACACAUUAAAAUAGCCACUCUUCCUGGCAUGUGGGACAGAACGAUCACCAUCAGCAGUGCAGGGAAGACCUUUAGUGUGACGGGUUGGAAGCUUGGCUGGUCUAUAGGGCCAGAACACUUGAUAAAGCACCUUCAGACUGUUAUGCAGAACACCUUGUACACCUGUCCAACGCCGCUACAGGAGGCUGUGGCCCAGGGCCUGCUGAGGGACUAUGAGCUGAUGGGUCAACCUGAGUGUUACUUCUCCUCUCUGGCCGUGGAGCUGGAGGGGAAGAGGGACCGCAUGGCUGCUAUCCUACAGGACGUUGGCAUGUCUCCUAUCAUACCUGAGGGAGGGUACUUCAUGUGCGUGGACGUCACACCUCUUAAUGAGGACUUGUCUCAUAUGGGAGAUGAUGAGCCUUACGACUACAAGUUUGUCAAGUGGAUGAUUAAGGAGAAGAAACUGGCAGCCAUUUGGGACAGCUUCUGUGGUGAUGCUUUUAGGGAACAGUUUGACAUGAAAUAUCCGUCUAUGUUUCACAAGAUGAAUGCAUUCAAUAAUUAG